GUAUCUGUAUCUGUAUCGCAUCGCCACUCCAAUCGAAAGUAUCGCGGACGCGCAAACGACCAUGCGAAAAUAUUGCAACCACAAAUCUGGAACUUUUUACACAAACGGUUAAGGAAACUCUACCACACCACACAUCUUUCGGAAUUUAAAUAAACAUCAAAUAAUAAUAUAAUCAGCCAAAAUUUAAAAACAAACAGCCAACGUUGGAAAUCUCAACAUCUUUUAGUCAAAAUUCUAUUCUGGAUCGGAGUCCGCGCAUACGACAACUUCAUCAAAACACUUUGGAUUACACAUCACAUAAAAAUAAAUCUAUUUAUCAACUGCAAUAGAGCCAGCCAUCAGUCAAUAUCGGAAAAUCUAACAAUAGAAUCGAAUUAUAAUCACACAGUAAAACUUGUUAAGUGUUAAAACGUUAAAGCCAAACAUUUGCCAGUUUUUGUUUAAGUUUUUCUUUAUUUGCUACAUUUAAUAACGACGGUAAAUCUUUGAUAAUAUUCUCUACUAUGGUUAAGUGUACAAGCCAAUUACGCUUUUAAUUUUAAUAACUAAUAAUAAUAACAUCGUAACUAUCAAACGGGUGCAGUCAUCAAGCGGCAUAAAACUUGUAAUAAGCACGGGGAGGGAAAGUAUCUAUGGCCACGCGUUGCAAACUUUAAAAGCGUACGCAAAAUGCAGCGACAUGUCUGGAAAUGCAUUAAAAUCAAAUACAAAAUCUAUAAAGUUUUAACAAGUGAAACAAACACAACCUAAAACGAAAUCAAAUCGAAUAAAAAAUACAAAAACAAAUUGUAAAACAACUAAAAGUGCAUACAUACUUUGUGUUUAGUGACAAAUUAUGAUCAUCAAGUGAGGCGAACACUGAAAACAAUUUAAAUUAUAUAAUUAACCAGUUAGAGCAAUCAACAAAUUGUGAUCAGCGACUGCGUUUUGCACACACACACAUUUGCAAUUUACUUUCAAACGGUUUGGAUUGUACCAGAUUGGAUCGCCCAAAUAAGCCACGAAACGCAGUCGGCCGAGACUUUCGAAACCGAAUCUAAACGAAAUUCAUAUAGCUAAAAGGAAAAUUCAAUCAAAAUUAGCCAAGAUACUUACUACUACCUGCCCGAAAUCGAUAGCCUGCGCCAGCUUUACGUAACCCGCAGAGCCAGGGAAAGUGCAUCCGAAGCUUUUGAAACGGCUCGGGAUCCCCCACAUACACACGAUCGCCAAUCGAGGUUUCAAAGCUCUACGCGCGGCGUAUACGCCCCAUCAAAAAUAAAAUAUAAAAAAUAAAAAAAAGGCAAGGAAAAAACAAGAAAAGAAAAAGAGAACUGAGAGUGCAACUGCAUCGGCCGAUCGACGUUGGACGACGAUCGGGAAAGCCGAGCGCUCGUAACUUGUUCUCCGAGGCUUCGUGCACUUCCUGUGCAGCGCUGCUCCGAUCAACGAUCUGCAGCUGAAGCCCCCAGCAACAGGCGAUCAGUUCGCUGGCGAAUGCACCGCUGAUUGCAAUUACUGCAGAGCUGCAUUCCUGGUCACAAAAGCUGAAUAAAAGCUAUUGAGCUAAAUACAAAGAGAGAGAGAGCGGUGGCGGUGAUCUACUGUACUCUCCGACCAGAGCAUCGCAUCUCCAUAUCUCCACACUCUCGAUUCUACACUCGCAACGCAACGUGUCGGAAAAGCGCGAAAGUGGCAAAUAUAUUUUGCAACAAACAUACACACACACAUCAAUUGUAGUCAAUAAGUGCGGUCAAGUGAAUCUAUAUCUAUAUAAUAUCUCCAGUGAAGUUCUUGAAUAGUGCAAAAAAACUCAGAAAAACCAAAAACACAUUCGCAUUAAUUCGCAUAAAUAUAGCUUAGCACAUUUUCGGAUUAAAUAUCUACAGCACCCAUUGGAUACAUCGUCAUCAUCAUUAGCAACCACAGCACCCCACACACUUGGAUACACAGUGCCUGAGAUACUCUUUACUCGGAAGUUGCAGCAACAAUUCGCUCGAAAAUGGCGGAAGGUAAUGGCGAACUGUUAGAUGACAUUAAUCAGAAAGCCGAUGACCGUGGCGAUGGCGAGCGUACAGAGGACUAUCCCAAGCUGCUGGAAUACGGUCUGGACAAGAAAGUCGCUGGCAAGCUGGAUGAAAUCUACAAAACCGGCAAGUUGGCUCACGCCGAGCUGGAUGAGCGCGCCUUGGACGCGCUCAAGGAGUUUCCCGUCGAUGGUGCCUUGAAUGUGUUGGGUCAGUUCCUCGAAUCAAACCUGGAGCACGUGUCAAAUAAGUCCGCCUAUCUGUGCGGUGUGAUGAAGACAUACCGCCAGAAGAGUCGAGCCAGCCAACAAGGAGUGGCCGCGCCCGCAGCUGGCGUCAAAGGUCCCGACGAGGAGAAAAUUAAGAAAAUUCUUGAGCGCACCCGCUACGCAUUAGAUGUGACGACAGGUCAACGUAAAUACGGUGGCCCGCCACCGGAUUGGGAGGGAAAUGUUCCGGGAAACGGUUGCGAGGUUUUCUGCGGAAAGAUACCCAAGGACAUGUACGAGGACGAACUGAUUCCGCUCUUCGAGAACUGCGGCACAAUCUGGGACCUCCGCCUAAUGAUGGACCCGAUGACGGGCACAAAUCGUGGUUAUGCAUUUGUCACAUUCACAAAUCGCGAAGCGGCCGUCAAUGCAGUGCGACAGCUAAAUGAUUAUGAAAUUCGGAAAGGCAAAAAGAUUGGUGUUACGAUAUCAUUUAACAAUCACCGGCUAUUUGUCGGCAAUAUACCUAAGAAUAGAGAUCGCGACGAAUUAAUUGAGGAAUUUUCAAAACAUGCACCUGGCCUUUACGAGGUAAUCAUAUACAGCUCGCCAGAUGAUAAGAAAAAGAAUCGCGGCUUCUGUUUUCUCGAAUACGAGUCACACAAGGCGGCAUCUUUGGCCAAAAGAAGGCUUGGCACAGGACGAAUCAAGGUUUGGGGAUGUGAUAUAAUAGUCGACUGGGCCGAUCCACAGGAGGAGCCGGAUGAACAAACUAUGUCCAAGGUUAAAGUUCUUUAUGUGCGAAAUCUAACCCAGGACGUCUCAGAGGAUAAGCUAAAGGAGCAAUUUGAGCAAUAUGGAAAGGUGGAACGCGUUAAGAAGAUUAAAGACUAUGCCUUUAUACACUUUGAGGAUCGUGAUAGCGCCGUCGAAGCUAUGCGUGGCCUUAAUGGCAAGGAGAUCGGCGCCUCGAAUAUUGAGGUCUCUCUAGCCAAACCCCCCUCGGACAAAAAGAAAAAAGAGGAGAUUCUGCGUGCUCGUGAGCGCCGUAUGAUGCAAAUGAUGCAAGCGCGUCCUGGGAUCGUGGGAUUUGAAACCUUGUCUCCAUACAGAAAUAUGUCGCCGACACAUCCCAGCAUGAUGUCCUUGACGCCCCUGCGCCUCCCAGGGGCGCGCAUGCCUCUGCGUACGCCGAUACCUCGUGAAUACGACUACGAUUACGAUUAUUUCGGUUUCUCGGACUAUCGCCAAGGGAACUUUUCCAAUGAGUCCUUCUACGAGGAGCUUUACCGCUUAUAUGAUUCGGAUUACAACUACUAUGAUUACCUCAAUGGCGGCAACGGCAGUGGAGGCGGAAUUGGUGGCGGCGGUAGCAGCGGGGGCGGUAGUGUUUCCGGCGGUACGGUUGUUCCGAACUCGGCUGGUGCCUCACAGAAUUCAGGGCUGGCCAGUGGACAGCGUUCGGCCAGAGGAUCGACAAGUGUUCUCAGUGGUCCACCGAGCAUUAUGGGAGUUGGUCGUGGGCAUGGAAUCACAGUGCCGCGUGGCAGAGUCGUUGGCCAGCGUGGCAGCACCAGUCGUCUGGGGGCCCAAACAGCGCCACAGGCGGCGGCAGCGGCAGCGGCGGCGGGACAGGCGGCGGCGGCGGUAGCUCAGCGGGGGGCCACCGGUCAGGGGGCGCCGGCAGCAACCGGGGGGGUCCGUGGGGUGGUGCCAACGCGUCCCAGCGUUCGUGGCACCCAGCACGUCAAGCCGCUACAAAAUUUACCAGUAGUCGGUAAACGUAAGUUCGAUGGAGGUCACCAAAAUCCGGCAGAUGUUAAGCGACGUUACCCGAGCGGUUUAAUAGGAAAUGGCGGCAGUUGGGGCAGUUUACCGCUACCACAGCAACCUUUAGGCACCAAUGGUGAACAGUGGUACAUGGAUACGUUUUCGGGAUGGAGUUAAAACCUUACAGCCAACCCAAUUGAAAUCAAUAAAACAAAGCAUCAUUAACAAGAACAACAACAACAACAGCAGCAGCAGCAACAACAACAACAACACAUGGAAGUUACGAAAAAGGAUAUUCUCCAUUUGAUAUCCUGGAAAAGAAACCUUUCGCGUCAUAGUAAACAAACAAAGAAAAAUAGCAGCCAUUCUUAAAAGCAAUAAAUUUAAUUUCAACAAACUAUAUAAGGUAUAAGGAAUACAAUUAGCCACAAUUCAGCAAAAAGCAUUGUUUAGAGACUCGUUUCGAUCUUAGUUCUUUUGCUAUGAACGCCGUAGAUUGCGUCCCUCUAAAUAACUAUAAUAACAAAUCAAAGAAGUCAGAUGAAAUCAGCAAUAGCAGCAACACAAAUAUGUCGUCGAGUAGAGUAUAUUGUAUUGUAUGUAAUCACUUUAAUAGCCUUUGCAGCAAGAGAGCAUUUUAAACGAGAACUUUUCAUUUAGCAAAACAAGUUUAGCAGAUUUUCCCAAAAAAAAAACAAAAACGUAAAAAACAAUUUUAAAAUGCAUCAGCCUCACAACUUAGAUAAACCAAAGUCGAAUCGUUUUAAAAAAAAAAAAAAAAUUAAGAAAAGAAAUUUGUCUCAUAGCGUUUUUAACUCGAAAUUGAAACAAUAAUUGAGCAUAUAUAGCAAAACCUAUAUGAGAAUUACAAAAAAUAUAAAAUAUAUUUAUCUAUAACUAUAUAGAGAGAGCAGUCUAAGCCCAUACAGAUUGAUUUUAAAUCUUAAGCAGCAUGUAGCACCCCUUUUAUACAUUGAGAAAAAAACCCAACAAAGCGUAAACAACCAAAUUCAAAAUCAAUUCAAUUUACAAUAUUUACAUGGGCAUUGGAAGAUUGCAAGUGAAAAACAAGUUUUAGACAAGCGAGAUUUCUUCUUUUGUAUAUAGCCAAUGGAUAUAGCUGGCCAAGCUGCUGAAGCAAGACAUAUGGAAAACCCAGACAUAUAUACACGAGAUCAGGCUCAGAUGAAUUGACAAAAAUGUUUAAUAAGUCUAAGAGAACACCAAGAAACACAAUUCAAAUUGAAAAGCAAAGCUUAGUGAAGAAACAUUGACUGACAAAAAAAAAAAAAAACAAAACAAAUUAUUAAUUAGAUUGAAUGAGUUGAUAUGAGAACGAUAAGCAAAUACAAAAAAUUAAAACGCAGCCAGCAUUAUUAUAUAAUGCGACUGGCGACGGCAACUGGCAAGACUUUCUGCAUAAAUUUGAAAACAAACUAUUUUUUAACAACGUAAGUUUUAGGCAAACUUCAAAUCAAUUAUCUGUCAGAAGUAACAAAACAAAGAAAAGAAAAAAACAAAAAAUAUGUAGAGCUAAGUAAAAUUGCACACAUACAAAAAACUACACUUAAAACUCACUGAUAAUACUGAUAAGCAGAUAUAAAUCGCAAAUCAACAAGAAAUUUGACUAAUGUCUGCAAAUCGAAGCAACGAAUUAGGAAGAAAACUUACAGACGCGGAGACGACAACACAUCACAAACCUAAUAAUAAAAUUGAUUAUAAAUUUUAAUGAAUCAAUAAUGCAUACUUAAUAAUAUUAACACUUGUAUUGAGUACCAAAACGUGCUUAAUGUUGGUUGGUAAACAAACGAAAAAAAUAACUAAAAUUAUGAAAUCAAUUAGCCAACGCUCAAGUGCGAACUAGCAGCAAGCCUAGACCAUUCACAGCUAAGACAAAUUCUAUUUAAAGUCCUCCUAUCUAAUAUCAAGUUCAGACUUAACUCUUUUCUCCCACUUUCCUUUACUCAUCAUCUAUAACUGCUACGCACACAGAUAAUACGGAUAAUAUAUCAAGCUGACUUGCAAGAAAAACCUUAACUAACUCCAUGCCUAAAAACAAAAAACAAAACAAAAUUGAAAGAAAAAAAGCCACACACACGUGUCAAAAUACGUUUAUAUAGGGAAAAUUAAUGAAACAAAAACUUGCCCGUUUUUAAUUUUCGGUUUUUUGCGAAAUUUCAUCAAGAAAAUAUAUCGUUUGGUUGAACAGAAAUUCUGUCGUUUACGUUUCCGCUAUUGCUAGAUCUCAAGUAAAGCAAAAAGUUAAUUAAUAUAUAUAUAAAUGUAUAAAACAAAAAAAUAUAUAAAUUAGUUUUAAACUAACGAAAGAAUACUUCCAAUUUUGAACUCAAGUAUAAAGCAAAAUACAAACUGUUGGCAGUUGAUGAAGGACGCGUGUGUUUUAAAACGUAUCUAUGAACAUUGUUCAGCAUAAGCCUAAAAACAAUAACUUUUUUUAAAUUUAAAAAUACACAAACACAGACACACACACACACACCAAGCAGUUGCCUAAAGUAAAAAAAAAAACAAAAAACAAAAAGGGAAAAAACAAAAUACGAAAUAAUGAAAACAUGAAUUAAAACUUGCGCAAAAUUUGCAAACCAGCAAAGAACUUUAAAUACAUAAUAUUAGCCACAAACAAUAAGAGAAUAUAUACAACAAAUUCUAAAUGACCAUAGUUAAGCUUAAAUUUAGUAACACUCACAUACAUACACUCACACACACAUAUACACAUAUAAUUAUUAAAGUAAAGUAAACUGUCGUUGUAGGGGAUGAGAAGUGUGCGCCAUUUUCUAACUACAAUAACAAGAGAGAGAAAAAAUUACUAAAAAUA